UAUUCAAGAUACAUCGAUUUAUCACUUAAAUAUGACAUGACCUCUGCUGCCGAACGUGAUGGUGUUGAAAAUAUACAAAAAACUAAAGUAAUUACAAGACGUGUCACUUUAGUCCAGUUAAUGGAAUCAUAUUAUAAAAACAAUGAAUUAAAGAUACGGGUAUCACGUUAUAAUGGCAAUUUAUAUAUGGUAAUGGAAGGAGAAGAUAAGUCAUUACAUGAGUUGAGAGCAGUUGAAACGUUAUAAUGGCAAUUUAUAUAUGGUAAUGGAAGGAGAAGAUAAGUCAUUACAUGAGUUGAGAGCAGUUGAAACACAUCACGGCCGAUUCCACAAAUUGUUAUUUACUGAUUCACCCGAUAAUCCACCAAAUAUAGAUGAACCAGGUGAUGACAACAUUAAACUAGUUGGAAUACAAAGAAGUAACUUUGGUAAAUAUGAUAUUAUUUACACAGGCGAAAUACAAGGAAUCGAUUCCAAUGAAGAAAUCAAAGAUUUUGAUGAUAUCGAUGCUCUCAAUAGUUGUCGUUUUGUAUAUUCUAAGCAAAUGUGGAGUAGAUUGAAACAUAAAGACCACAGAUAUUUAACAUAUUGGCUGCAAUCAUAUUUAUCUAAUGUUGAAGAUGUUUAUAUUGGCUAUAAAAUCAAAGAUGGAAUUAUUGUGCAACCCAUAGAACGAAAAGCCGUAGCAGAUAUACCCAAGAAUCGUUUUUGGCAGCCCUCGAUUUGUACUGGUUUUUUAAAUGAGUUUUUGCAAAAUGUAGAAAAAUGCAUGUCUUCAGUCAACUGCUUAAACACUGUCUUUUUGUUUCACUAUGAUCAAAAGAACAAACGCUUCAGUUAUGAAAUAUUUAAAGGUCAAACUGAAAAAACUUUUAUAUCUGAAGAGUAUAUGAAAUAUUGCAUGGAAAAGUCAAAUGCAUAAUUCAUUUAUUAAACUUACAUUUCUUUUGAAUUUGGAAAU